UUCACGUUGUCGAAUCAAAUUAAAUCAGAAAGCGAAAGUCAGUUUCUCCGGAACCAACGAAUUUCUUACCUGAAUCAAAAACCCUAAAAUUCCAAUCCCGAUCUCAGAAUUCAAUGACGAUGACCGGAGUCACCGUACCUUCACUGAAAGCAGUAACUCUAACUCAUGUAAGAUACACAAAAGGAGAUCAAUUAGGUCAUUUCUUAGCAUGGGUAUCGUUAAUUCCAGUUUUCAUUAGUCUUGGUGGAUUUGUUUCUCAUUUUCUCUAUAGACGUGAAUUACAGGGCAUAUUUUUUGCUAUAGGUUUAAUAAUAUCUCAAUUUAUCAACGAAACUGUUAAAAAUUCGUUUCAACAAUCAAGACCAGAAACAUGUGUUAUACUUGAAACAUGUGAUUCUCAUGGUUGGCCAUCUAGUCAUUCACAAUACAUGUUUUUCUUUGCUGUUUAUUUUACUUUACUUACUUAUAAUGGAGUUGGGCUCUCUGGUAGUAAAGUUUAUAAAUGGAUUGUAGGGAUUAGUCCAUGGCCACUUGCUUUCUUGACUAUGUAUUCUAGGGUUUAUUUAGGGUAUCAUACUGUUGGUCAAGUUUUUGCUGGUGCUGGUUUGGGGUUGUUUUUAGGGGUAAUGUGGUUUUGGGUUGUUAAUGGGUUGGUUAUUGAUUAUUUUCCACUAAUUGAAGAGAGUGCUCUUGGAAGGUUUUUUUAUAUUAAGGAUUGUUCUCAUAUAUGUAAUGUACUUAAGUUUGAGUAUGAUAAUGCAAGAGCUGCUAGAAAGAGUUCAGCCGGGAAGCUUGAUAAAGAUAAUUGAAGAUCAAAUUGGGUAGAUUGUAGAACACAUGAGAGUUUCAGUGGUUGCGUCUGUUUCUGAGAAGGAAGGUUCACAAGGAGGUCUGGACUGGGGCCAGAAAUUAUACUGAUUUUCUGUUGUCAUGAGAACACACCUAAAUAUUUACUUAUUCUGUAACGAUGUGUAUUGUGAUUUAAGAACAACAACGACAAAAAAAAAACUUAUCAAUAUAUUCUCUUUGACAAUGAUUGUGUAGUCUUGCAAAUGAAUGAAAUAUUUACACUUUGAAUUUCCGGAAA